UCUUCCCCUCCACACUACUCGUGCCAGACACUAAACUCAACGGACAUCAGCCCUAUCUACUUCAACACAUCUUCCGCACACGCUAAAUGCACUUGAAGGAGUUCGCACAGAACCCGUAACACGACCAGCGCAACUUUUCAGGGUCGGUUCUUGGGUGCGAAGCUCGCACACAGCCGCCCCGGCACGGCUGCACGCACAGCUCCGCCUUUCCCCACACGGCCGCUCACAAAAUGGCAGCUUCCAAGCCAGAUCCCCUGCCGUUAUGAUGUGAUCUCCAAGACCCAUAGACUACAGUGGUCUGAAUGAGGAAUCAAACCUACACUGACUGAAUCUAUCUGGAAAGGAAUGACUGCCUGUUAGCACUAGGAAGUUAUUCACAGACAGCACGUGCUUUCCUCUAAGGAGGAUCUGUGGUGAGGAAUGAGUCAUGCACUGUGAGUCUUCCCUGUGUGUGGAUGCCAGGACCUUGGUGCCACUCUCUGCUGACUCCAUCAGAUGCGAUGACCAUCCCUGCUGUCAUCCCAUGCCACGUGUAUGCGUUCAGCACAAAUGCCAAACAGUUCUACAUCUUGUAUCCCAAAAGCUGAGUGAUGGCACCGUGCAUCACAGAGAGCAACCUUCAUCCUGAAACACUGCAGUUCUCACCGGUGAACUCUUUUGGCACAUAACGAUGCAGGUCUUUGAAAUAGCUAUGAGAAGGGUGUGCACAUACAAAUGUGGUAGAAGAAAAAGGAGGGAGCAGGAGUUCCACAGAACUGCUUUUCCAGAGAUCUUAAGCAUCCCAGAGAUCCAGAGGAGCAGAGGAAAGCUGUGACAGCUUGGCAGCACCACAGCCAGUGUGCCUGUAGCUCCACUGCUGCCAGUGCAGCGGCACAGGGCACGCAUAUUCUUCCACUUGCAAUCCACAGAGAGAGGUGUGUGAUACAGAAAGGGGAAUUUGGCUCCAAGGCUCUCAAGCUUCAAUGUUAAACAAAAAAAUGAGUCAACUCUGAUUCAGUCCCAACACAGCACCUGGCUCUGAGAGCAUCCACUGCUUGUCCUGAUUCUUCAAACCAUGUGUCCAACAGCUUUACCUACACAGCUACCUCUUUGAUUUGCAGCCUUCUGUAUCCUUGUUGGUUGGUUGGUUUGUGCUUUUAUGUUAUUGUGUGUUUGUUACUUUUUUUUUGUCUCCAUGUGUGAAAAUAUUAUAGGUUCUUUUGUAAACGCAUUCAAAGUGAUUUUCCAGUCACUACAGCUAACUUGUGGUAAUUCUGGCCUUGUAGGCCAAACAUAUGAAAAAGAUUGUUCCAGUAAGGUCUCCAUAAGUUGAUCAAAGCCUGCUGAAGUUGAACAUGUAGAACUGUUUGGUUGGUGACUGAGCUGGAGAAAACUCUCAAAGAAGGCUGCCAUUCCAAUAUACGAAGAACUGUAACAUCUCUUUUUCGGAAGAAAAUGAAGCUCUUGGACAUCUCGGUCAAGUGGAGCAUCCAGGACAUCUCUCCCCCCAAGUAUCUCCAUUACGACCCGGGGACAUCUCGUCAAGUGAUGUGCAACCAGUGCCCACCUGGGAGCUACGUAAAGCAGCACUGUACAGCUGCCAGCCCCACGGUGUGUGCCCCAUGCCCAGAUCGGUACUACGCUGAAGACUGGAACAGCAACGACGAGUGCCAGUACUGCAGUGCUGUUUGCAAAGAGCUGCAGUACGUCAAGCAGGAGUGCACGAGCACGCAGGACCGCGUCUGCGAGUGCAUUGAAGGCCGGUACUUGGAGCUGGAGUUUUGCUUGAAGCACACGGAGUGCCCUCCUGGGUUUGGUGUUGCACAGCCAGGUACUCCUGAGAGUGACACUGUUUGUAAAAGAUGUCCAGAUGGAUUUUUCUCCAAUGAAACAUCAUCCAAAGCAGUCUGUCAAAAGCACACAAACUGUAGUGCUCUGGGUUUCAAAACAGCAUUAAAAGGAAAUGCAGUUCGUGACAACAUCUGUCAGGAAAAUACAGAUACAUCACCUCAGAAAUGUGGAAUAGAUGUAACCCUGUGUGAAGAGGCUAUGUUUAGGUUUGCUGUUCCUACUCAUCUCACACCCAACUGGCUGAACACCCUUGCGGACAAUUUGCCUGGGACAAAGAUCAGCACAGAAAAUAUUGAACAGAUUAAACAAAGGCACAGUUCACAAGAGCAGACCUUCCAGGUUUUGAAAUUAUGGAAGCAGCAAAACAAGGAACAGGAUACGGUCAAAAAGAUUAUUCAAGAUAUUGAUCUUUGUGAAAAUAGCGUCUUAAAGCAUCUCGGCCAACCAAAUCUCACCUUUGAACAUCUCAACACACUGAUGGCCAGUUUGCCAGGCAAGAAAGUGGGAAAAGAAGAUAUCGAGCGCACAAUGAAACUGUGUCAACAUGCAGAGCAAGUUCUGAAACUUCUCAAUCUGUGGAGAAUAAAGAAUGGAGACCAGGACACCAUUAAAGGUUUAAUGUAUGGACUGAAGCACUUGAAAACAUACCACUUUCCAAAAAGGAUCAUCCAAAGUCUGAAGAAAGUCAUUAAGUUUCUUCACCGAUUUCCAGUGUACAGAUUAUACCAGAAACUCUUUUUAGAAAUGGUAGGAAAUCAACUUAAAUCAGUGAAAGUAAGAUGUGUCUAAUUCAAGUUAUUUUUUAUUCUCCACUGACAAUUUUUGCCUAAUUACUGGCAGCAGUAAUUAAACUGGAACGUUGUUUCCCUACAUUAUCUCUUUCUAUUUAUAAAAAUGCCAGACUGGAAUAGCUCUACGUCUUUUGCAGUGUUCUUGGAGGUUUUUUAUUGUGUUGUUUGUUCGCUCAGUUGGUUUUGGUUUUUUGUUUUGUUUUGUUUUGUUUUUUUUCUUAAUCAAUUUUUGUAAAAGCUAUUAGCCCUGUUGGUAACACUAAGAGCCUGAUUCUGCAUUUUUGCACAUUCAGAGUUGAAAAGCCCCACUAUAGUCCCUAAAGGAGAAAAGAAUGCUGGACCAGGCUCUAAUGCAGUAUUUGCUAUUUAUAUUCUUUGAGAUAUAAACAUUUUUGUUGUACAUAUUUAUUAAGUUAAAUGGAAAUUGUUUGAGACUGAAUUUGGGGGAGAGAAAUGAAAAGCACACUGUAUAUUUUCUAGUUAAACAGAAAUGAUCCCAUAUAUUUUUCUGGCAAAAUUUUGUAGCAUGCUCUAAAAAAUGUUUAUUUCUUUACAUUUGGUAUUUAAAAAAGUAUUAUUACUUAGUUUUAUUUGUAUAACUUGUGUUAUCUUUGGGUAGGGAUGUUUUAAUUUAUCCAAUGAUUUUAUCUCAAAUGUGGUGAAAAUAUAAGUGACCUGAAUAUUUAAAUAUUCUGUGAGGAAGUGAAUGUAUCGUAUUUAAGAAGCUGGAUUUUUACAUAGAGUUUCAUAAUCUUAUUUUAUAAAACAAUUAAAUUUUUCAGAUUGCUUUUUGA